AUGGUUUAUUCGUUUCUCUGGACUUUUGUCUUUUUUAUUUAUCACAAAACCCUCUUGGGACACUCAUGGGCUGUUAACAAUUUCCUCAUGACUGGACCAAAAGCGUAUCUAACCUACGCGAGCAGCGUGCUGGCCGGAGCGCAGAGCGGCAUGCAGGAGUGCAAACACCAGUUUGCGUGGGACAGGUGGAACUGCCCGGAGAGCACCUUUCACCUGGCCACUGCUAAACGUCUGAGAAGCGCAACAAGAGAAACGUCGUUUGUCCACGCCAUCAGUGCAGCGGGGGUCAUGUACACUCUGACCAGGAACUGUAGCCUUGGGGAUCUGGACAACUGUGGAUGCGACAACUCAAGAAACGGCAAACUUGGGGGUCGUGGAUGGCUUUGGGGAGGCUGCAGCGACAACGUGGACUUUGGCGAGAGGAUUUCCAAACAGUAUGUAGAUGCUUUCGAGACUGGGCAAGAUGCGCGAGCUGCAGUCAACCUUCAUAACAACGCCGCAGGCCGUUUGGCUGUAAAGGCAACCAUGAAAAGAAUCUGCAGAUGCCACGGGAUGUCCGAAAGCUGCGCCCUCCAGACGUGCUGGAUGCAGCUGUCCGACUUCCGCGAGGUGGGCGACUACUUGAAGCUGAAGCACGACCAGGCGCACAAGCUGGAGAUGGACAAGAGGCGAGUGCGCGCGGGCAACAGCGCAGAUCCGCGCGGGGCGGUGGCGGACGCGCUGGGCGCCAUCUCGCGUUCCGAGCUCAUCUACCUGGAGGACUCCCCGGACUACUGCGCCAAGAACUCGAGCCUGGGCCUGCACGGCACGGAGGGCAGGGAGUGCGUGCAGCACGGGGACGGCCUCUCGCAGUGGGAGAGGCGCAGCUGCCGCCGCCUGUGCCACGAGUGCGGCCUGCGUGUGGAGGAGAGGCGCACGGAGACGGUGAGCAGCUGCAACUGCAAGUUCCACUGGUGCUGCACGGUGAAGUGCGAACGCUGCUCGCAGGUGACGGUCAAGUACGUGUGCGCGCGGAGGCAGAGCGGCCACGGUCAGAACAGGCGCAGGCCGAGAGGACCCAAGUAA